UGUAAAGAUCAACAAAGCCACUUGAGCUUCCUCUGUGUAUAUGAGAUGAAAGGAUCUAGAGGCGGAGGUUUGAGGGAGGAUGUAUGUCGACAACAGAACAAUCAUGCUGCUCUUUUUAAUACACUGAUUAGAUACAGUUCAUUCUUCUAACUUGGUUAUUUUAGGUGAUCUAAGGAACAUUUCACAUCACAAUCAUCACAUGAUGAUACGCACGUCUUGAGAAAACAGCAACUGCUUCAUGUGACAUGAAUGUACAAAGUUCAUGAAAUUCCAGUUAAUUGUAUACUAGAGAUUGUUGUGGUCAUCUGCAGCGGUCGGUUAUGUGCUGUUCUGAUCAUCAUUGUGCACUACAAGGUCCAUAUCAUCAAGAAUUCAGUUUGUGAUUGCAGAACGAACAUGACUGAUGAGAAUACAACGGACCCUGACUACUAUGACUUGUACUAUGAAGACCAGAUGUGUAAGAAAGAUGAAGUGGUGAAAGUUGGAUCCAUUAUCAUUCCGCUCUUCUUCUCAUUAGUGGUUGUGUUAAGCUGCAUUGGUAACAUCCUUGUUCUGGUCAUUCUGGCGCUCUACAAGAACAUCAAAUCCCUGACCAACGUGUUCAUCCUCAAUUUGGCUCUAUCAAAUCUGCUGUUCACUUUUGGACUUCCAUUCUGGGCCUCGUACUUCAUCUGGGGUUGGACGUUUGGAGAGAUUGGCUGUAAAGCGGUGAAGUUUCUGUUCUAUGUUGGCUUUUACAGCAGCGUGUUGUUCUUAACUCUCAUGACCAUUCAGCGUUACAUGGCAGUGGUUCAUCCUCUGUCUGACUGGGAGAAAUGCAGAGGCUUUUCAGUCGCUCCCUUUAUCGUUUGGAUCCUGAGCGGAGCAGUUUCACUACUCGGAUCAUUUAAUAGCAAAGUUAUACCACAUUUUAAUAGUACAUACUGUGAAUAUGACAGUGUUGAAAUUAAAUCUGGCAUUGCUUAUUUUCAAAAUGCUUUCUUCUGCAUUGCAUUUCUAAUCAUGGGUUUUUGCUAUGGCAGAAUGCUUUGGACAAUAACAAAAAAACAGGCCAAAAAGAGACACAAGACUGUUAGACUAACAUUUGUUAUUGUGCUCGUGUUUUUUAUUGGUUGGGCUCCAUAUAACAUUGUUAUGUUCUUAAAAUCUUUGACCGAUCAGAAUAUCCAUCCAUUCACAGUCUGUACAGUAAGCAUUAGACUCGACUAUGCAUAUUAUGCUUGCCGAAUGUUAGCUUUUACACACUGUUGCUUAAACCCAGCCUUUUUAUUUUUUGUAGAUGCAAGGUUCCGUAAUAACUUGCGAGCAACUCAAAGGAGGGUCUUAUGUAAAGAUUUAAGUCUUUGUUUUACUUGGCAAGAUACUUGA